GGGUGUAUACAAGAAAGGAUCCAUACCAAUGGAAGGGCUGACCACAUCCAGGAGAGAUUUUGGGCUUCACAAAAUGGUACCAGUGAAACUCCAUCAGCAUGACCCAUACAUUCCAAGCCAAGAGACUAUGGAUUUACUCACAACAUAUAAACACGAUUUUAACUACCUCCCUGUCUGUCAAGUUGGCCUCAUCAAACCUCGGGACAGUAAAUUUCCGAAUGGUGACAAGAUACAGUACCUGCCUACGUACAAAGCUGAUUAUUUACCUUGGAACCAACCAAAACGAGAGCUUAUUCGUCCACCACACAAGUACCGACCAGAGCCUACCUGGUUUGAAAACAGAACCACACACCAGGAUGACUAUAACAUAAAAGGCCUUGUGACUACUGUGAGCUGUAAGCCUCCAGCCAGACCAAAGCUUUAUAACGUCCCCUUGGAGGACCUAACUAACUACAAGAUGAGCUAUGUGGCCCACCCUGUGGAGAAGCGCUUUGUUAGAGAGCCUGAGAAAUUUAGACCCUGUGACAUCCCUUUUGAGAACCUGACCACCCACAAGGAGUCCUACCGAGGCCUCCUAGGGGAGCCAGCCAAGAGCUCCAAACCUCCAGCCAAGUUGCCUGCGCAAGAUAUACCUUUCUCUAACAGCACUGAGUUUCAAGAUAAGUACCAAGCUUGGGAAACACCCCAGAUAUUCUCCAAAGCUCCCGUUCCCUACGUCCUUCCUGAGGAGAAGAUGGAUCUUUUGACAACUACACAGACCCAUUACAGAUACCUUAAGGGUUUCCCGGCUCAAUCUUGCCGACCUGUACUUUCCAUUAAGAAUAGGGGCCAUUUUGAAAGCUCCACCACCACCAAGGAUGACUACAAGCAGUGGGCAGCUGUGCAGACAAAGCCAGUCAAACCCACUCACCAUCUGAGCCUGCCUGUUGAGCCUUUGGAAUGCCAGACUACCACUAAGACCUGCUAUGUGCCCCACCCACCUGUCACCACUAAAAACUACAAGCCCCCCUGGGUUGGCCCUCAAAACAUCCCUGUGGAGGGUCUGACUACUUACUCUAUUAGCUUUACUCCCAAGGAAAUGGGCAUAUGCCCAGCAUCAUACACGGAGCCCCCCGGCUACAUCUUUGAGGAAGUGGAUGCUAUGGGGCACAGGAUAUAUAGGUCAAUUUCUGAGACAGGUUCUAGGCAGAACAGCUGUCUUUCUAUGCAUGAUGCAGAAAAGUCUGGCCAGAACAAUCUGGAAGUAUCAGCCUGA